CCUCAGAGAGCCAGUGCGCCUCUGAAGCAGCGGUAGACACUGAAACCAAAAGGAAACAGCACAAUAAUUUGCUAAAUCACUUUAACACAGGGUGGACGGCUGAAAAUUUCGAGGAUGUUUUCUCUCGGGGAGAAAAUGGAGUUCCUCAUUGGAAACCCCUUUUCAACGCCUGUCGGUCAGAGAAUCGAGCAAGCAACCAGCGGCUCUUUGCAGUCAGAGGAUUGGGGGCUCAACAUAGAGAUAUGUGACAUCAUCAAUGAGACAGAUGAGGGGCCCAGAGAUGCAGUCAAAGCUAUAAAGAAGAGGAUCGUGGGAAACAGGAACGUCAGAGAGAUCAUGUUGGCCCUCACUGUUCUUGAGGCUUGUGUGAAAAACUGUGGCCAUCGCUUCCACGUUCUGGUGGCCUCGCAGGAGUUUGUUGAAGGGGUUUUGGUUCGUUCCAUUCUGCCCAAAUAUAACCCACCCACUACCCUCCAUGACAGGGUGCUCAGCCUUAUACAGUCGUGGGCUGAUGCAUUUCGUAGCUCUCCCUCCUUGGCAGGUGUGGUGUACGUAUACGACGACCUGAGAAGGCGAGGUCUGGAAUUCCCCAUGACAGACCUGGAUGCUCUGUCCCCAAUCCACACUCCAAACAGGAGUAUCCCAGAAAAUGGAGCUCCUGAGACGACUGCUGUCGCUCCUCCCACACAUCAGUCACAACCACAAGCUCCCUCAGCGGCCUCCACUCAGACUCCUUCACCUCCAGUCCAGCCCAGUGAGGGACCAGUGUCACUCUCUGCAGAGCAGGAACAGAAGCUGCGGAGUGAGCUGGCGCUGGUGAAGGGAAACCUCACAGUGAUGUCUGAAAUGCUGAAUGAGCUCGUACCUGGACAGAGCGUGCCGGAUGAUACAGAGCUGCUACAGCAGCUGUACUCGGUGUGUAAGAGCAUGCAGACUCGGGUGGUGGAGCUCAUCCCUCAGCUGCUGGAUGAAGGAUUUGUUGAAGAGCUGCUCGUGGUCAACGAUGACCUCAACAACGCCUUCAUUCGCUACGAGCGGUUUGACAGACUUAACAAGUCACAAAUUACAAACACUCAGCAGCAGACCUCUACCAACAGUCCAAGCCUCAUCGACCUCAACCCUGAGCCCUCCGCUCUCGGCCAACCUGCUGUCAUCACAACAACCAGUCAGCCAGCAGUCAGCACCUGGGCCAAUCAAAGGCAGUCGGCCAACCACAAAGAGGAGGAGGAGUUUGACAUGUUUGCCCAGACCAGAGGCAGCUCCCUGGCUGAGCAGAGGAAAAGUGUCAGAUAUGAGGACCCAGGAGCUGUGGAGGGCCUCGCCGGAGCUCUGGACACGAGGUUGCAGGUCACAGGAGGAAUGCCACCAGCAAAAAACCCUUUGCAGAAUGACAUUGACAAAUGGUUAUCCUCUGAUACGGAAGAGCAGUCUUCAGUUUGUGAGGGAGUGUCCAGUGAAGAAUUCGACAAGUUUCUGGAAGAUCGGGCAAAGGCGGCGGACCACAGCAGCCAGGGGACUCGCGGCGGGCCGCCUUCCACAUCCAGACCGCCGCCAAAGUCUACCCAGCAGCAGGACAGGUCACAUGACCAGCUCUUUUCACUCUGAGUGGAGACGUAGAAGAGGAAUUGGUGGAUGAUAAGGUUCAAUACGCAGACCGUCACUUUGAAAUGUACAGUACCUACAGUCAGAGACAUGCUGUGCCAAGUCAGGUUUUCUCUGAAAGAACACACACACACACAAUAAAGCCUGACACUACAGAACUGCUGUCCAAUCAACUUAUUGCAUUAAUGCAGUAUUUCUUAGUUCAUUCUGCUGUUUGUAUCUUUACGUGUAAGUAUAAACAACUUUAUGUGGAAGUAUUUAUGAAAUGUAUUAUUAUAAUGCUGAUGUAAACAAAAACAACAACUGUUUACAGUGAAGUAUAAUGUUUGAAAAUAUAUUUGAUAUUACACCAUUGUGUGCCUUUGACUGAGACAGCUGAUUUUGUGUAGAUGAGAAUAAACGGGGCAUCGUGCUGCAAACAUGU